AUGGGUACGGAUCUUGCAAAAGAAAAUAAAACCCCACUACAGAAUAAAAAAAAAUCGAUGGAAUCUUCUGAAGAGACGGGCUGCCAGGCCCGGGAAGGCCCGAUUCUCUGCAUCAACAACUGCGGCUUUUUUGGGAGUGCGGCCACCAUGAACAUGUGCUCCAAGUGCCACAAAGACUCGAUACUCAAACAGCACCAAGCCAAACUUGCCCAAACAUCCAUAGACACCAUCAUUAAUGGCGGCUCGACCAUCCAAAACGAGCCUGUUGUUGCAGAAUCUCCCAAUCUUGAAAAGCCCAUAUUAAAAACCGAAAUCGCUCGACCUUCGGGAGAGAAUCUUGAGGUGAAGGCAAAGGAGGGACCCAAAAGAUGCGCCAGCUGUCACAAGCGUGUGGGUCUGACCGGGUUUGACUGCAAGUGUGGGUCCCUCUUCUGUUCGGCCCACCGUUAUGCGGAUAAGCACGAGUGCCCGUUCGACUACCGGGCUGCGGGCCGUGAUGCAAUAGCAAAGGCGAACCCGAUUAUUAAAGCUGAUAAGCUCGAUAAGAUUUAG